AUGGAACAACAAUUUGGGACACUGUCCUCUAGUAUUACUCGCACUCUUAAAGUUGACAAACUAGAAAACCAAAAGCAACUUAAUCUGGCUAUGAAUGCAAGUGAAGAGGUGGUGGACGAAUUUGAAAGCACGAAGUUCACUUGGAACCUGGACGAGGGUUCCGAGGAAGACUCUGACAAUUCCCGUAAGCAUUCCUUUGUACUAACCUUCACCGAGAGUCACAGAGAGAGAGUAUUGGAUCGGUAUAUCCCACACAUGCUUGAAACGAACGAGGCCACGAAAGCUGAGAAGAAAAUUGUAAAAUCUAUUCCUGGAUUAAUUAUGAUUGGACCGAGAGCGAGUUAUCUCAACCACACUCAAAGAAGGGGAAAGGCAACUUUGCUUCUGAAUCGGGUUGGAUGCCCAAAUUUUGAUGUCCCAAACAAAAAUCCUAAUUUUCUUAGUCCACAGAGGCGGCUCUGA